AUGUCUGGACAAGAUUCUGAACACUUUAGAGCUUUCCUAAAUCAAUUACAAAGGGAAGAACAUAGACCGGUUGCUUUGAAUGAAUUGAAAAAUUUGUUAGUUUUAAAACCAGCAGGUGAAGCCAGAAGCACUAUAAGAGAUGCAGGAAUUUCUAAGAUUGUUCAAUGUUUAAAUGCGUCAGAAAAAAUUCUUUUAGAUUUGGCAUGUGAAGUUUUAAAAAUAUGUUUUGAAAAAUUCCCGCCAGGUGAAAUCGUUACAAAUUACACUGGGCAUGUUAUGUAUUUGCUGAGACAUGAAAAAAGUUGUGUACGUAAACUAGCAAUUGAAGAGGUACACAAAGCAGUUAAACAGGAUAUAAAUCUUUUACCUGUUCCUCAAUACAUUGAUGUGUUUGUAGCUAUUGCUCAACUUGUGGGUGACCCAGACAUUGGUGUCGCAAAUAAAGCAAUACAUAUCACUUCUAAUCUACUACCUGAAGCUUACCAAAAAGUACUUGAAGAAAUGAAGAUUAUUUUAGAAUAUUCUGGUAGUAGCAAGUGUAAUGCUUAUGAGGUAAUCAUCGAAAUUUCUACAAAGUCUUAUGAAUUAUUCCAACUAAGUGUUGGUUAUGGGUACAUUGACCAAAUAAUAACAGAUCUUACAACAAAUGAUGUACUUUUGCAACUAAAUUUAAUAGAGUUGUUAGCAAGAUUGGCUAUAAAGCCCCAUGGAAUAAAUUACCUUGUUAAGCAAGGGGUCCUUAAGAAAAUCACAGAUUUUGCCAUAGACCUACCAAAUAAUCCUUGUGGGGGAUUGUUGGUCCCUGGUUACUUGAAGUUCUUUGGGUGCAUUGCUCAUUUUUACCCCAGAGAUAUAUUUGAAAAAUAUCCUGAACUGGUUGAAUUGCUCUUUGAUACUUUAGAGAAUGGUGAUCAAACUGUUCUGCCUGUUGCUUUAGACACGUUUGGUUUCAUUGGUCGCACAGUCGAAGGAAAAUUAUGUUUAGCUGCUUUUGGGAGCAAAUAUACUCAAGCUGUAGAUGGCCUAAGUCAAUUAAUAAAAAGCAGCACCACAGAUAUAAAAGUCCGUGCUUUAAAUUGUUUUGCAAAUUUAAUAAGUGUUGAAUCUGACCCUAAUUCACAAUCAAAUAGCCCUGUAGAUCACAGAGUAACACUAAUGACAAGGGAAUGGUUUCGAAGUCUUAGUUAUCGCCCAAAUUCAAUGGAAUAUUUAUUUGACAUGUGCAAAAAUCCAUUCCCUGAUAUAAGAUUGGGUGCUUUUGCUUUACUUGAUGCUGUUUGCCAACAUAGAUGGGGUGAAGAGUUGGUUGCUACUACUGCAGGUUUCAUUGAAUAUUUAUUAGAUCGCAGUAUUGACCACACAAAAGAAUCGAAGGAACUAAAAUAUGAUAUUAUUAGAAGACUCUCAAAUUCAGCUGCAUUUGAUGCCAAUAUUAUUACAAGACUCCAAACCUAUGUAGAGAAAGGUCCAUUUUAUUCUGAAGAUACGUUAGAAGUGGCAAUGGAAGAUGGCGACUAA